AUGGGGAACGCACAAUCUGGACUUCCGCCGCUUGGGCCCGGUGAAGACGGAAAUAAGAAAGACGACCAAAACAAAAAUAAAAAAAAAAAAUGGGAACCACCACUUCCGACUCGUGUAGGAAAAAAAAAAAGACGUGGAGUGGAUGCCACUUCAAAAUUACCUGCAGUAUUUCCUACAACUCGGUGUCGCUUGAAACUUCUUAAAAUGGAACGCAUAAAAGAUUAUUUAUUAUUGGAAGAGGAAUUUGUUCAAAAUCAAGAACGUUUGAAGCCACAAGAAGAAAAAGCUCAGGAAGAAAGAACUCGUGUAGAUGAUUUACGUGGAUCACCUAUGGGUGUCGGUACAUUAGAGGAAAUUAUUGAUGAUGACCACGCAAUUGUAUCAUCAUCAACGGGUCCUGAAUAUUAUGUCAGCAUUCUUUCAUUUGUGGAUAAAGAUUUAUUGGAACCGGGAUGUUCCAUUUUGUUGCAUCAUAAGGCCAUGUCUGUUGUUGGUGUACUUCAAGAUGAUACCGAUCCAAUGGUUAGCGUAAUGAAACUAGAGAAAGCACCGACGGAAUCAUACGCUGAUAUUGGUGGUUUAGAACAACAAAUCCAGGAAAUUAAAGAAUCCGUCGAAUUACCAUUAACUCAUCCAGAAUUAUAUGAAGAAAUGGGAAUAAAACCUCCGAAGGGGGUUAUAUUAUAUGGUGUACCUGGAACGGGGAAAACAUUGUUAGCAAAAGCUGUAGCAAAUCAAACUUCCGCGACAUUCCUUCGUGUGGUUGGAUCAGAAUUAAUUCAAAAGUAUUUAGGUGAUGGCCCUAAAUUAGUGCGUGAACUUUUCCGUGUUGCAGAGGAGCAUGCACCGUCGAUUGUCUUUAUCGAUGAAAUUGACGCUAUAGGAACAAAAAGGCAAGCAAAUUUAAAUUCAAUUCUAAACCUCAGAGAAAUCCAAAGAACCAUGUUGGAACUGUUAAAUCAAUUGGAUGGAUUUGAUUCACGAGGGGACGUUAAGGUUAUCAUGGCAACGAAUCGUAUCGAGUCACUUGACCCGGCAUUGAUUCGUCCAGGACGUAUUGAUAGAAAGAUCGAGUUCCCAUUACCCGAUGUGAAAACAAAACGUCGAAUUUUUAAUAUACAUACGGGUAGAAUGACAUUAGCUGAGGAUGUUGACUUGGAAGAAUUUGUCAUGUCGAAAGAUGACUUGUCGGGAGCUGAUAUCAAAGCCAUUUGCACAGAAGCAGGACUGCUGGCGCUUCGUGAACGACGUAUGAAAGUUGUCGCAGAAGAUUUCCGGAAAGCGCGCGAGAAAGUCUUAUAUCGUAAAUCAGAGGGUACACCUGAAGGAUUGUAUUUGUAA